UACUAUUGCAAUAGCCAACUAUACAAGUUAUAGAUCACCUUAUGGAUCAAGAUAUUCUAUUGGUCGUGUUGUAGCCUGUAUUAAUGGGUCAUUUGUUACUGUCUGUAAUAACACUGCUUUUCCUGAGUACUUUGCUAGACUAGCUUGUAAUAGGGUGGAUUCCUAUUUAAAUUACACUAUCGUUCCAUUUGAUCCUAUGUAUCUCAAUGGUGAUUAUAAUGUAGUAUUUAACAAUUGCAGUUAUACUCCACAGUAUUCUGGUGAUUAUUCAAACUGUGAUGAUACAGUUAGUAAUGGUGUAUGUUCUGAUGGAGCUCCUCUUACAGUCAGAUGUGAAGCAGAAUGUUCUACUUUUGGUCAAGUUCGAUUAACAGAUACAAAUACAGUAUAUUACAGUAAUGGUACUAGUGGUACCACUGGUAAUGUGGAGUUUUGUAAUUCUGGUACUUGGAAUGGAGUCUGUCAGAAUGAUUUAGAUAAUUCUGAUGCCAAUAUAUUCUGUAGAAGUUUUGGAUACAACAAUGGUUCAUUCAUAUCUGGUGGUUCUGGCAGCUCUUCCAGCUACAUCAACAUCACUUGUCCCAAUUAUGACUAUAAUAGUCCUCAGUUCUGUAGUAUCAAUGGUGAUCCAUUCACAAUGUGUAAUAACCCUUCCACCUUGUACUGCUAUGAUGCUACUGCACCUGAUGAUCAAUGCUAUUCUGGCCAAGUACAGAUAGGCAAUAACUAUUAUUAUAAUUCUUAUUCAUAUGGUCAAUAUCCUAAUUUCACAUCCUACACUACUGGUAAUGUGGAGAUCUGUGUUAACAACACCUAUUAUGAUGUCUGUGCUGAUCAACUGACUCCUGAACAAGCUUUGUUUUUGUGUCGUUCUGCUGGUUUCAAUGCCGAUCGUGCUUAUACUUCAGCUGUUAUUGGUCCUGCUGAUGAAGUAUACAGUUAUGAUGCUAGUGCUGAUAGUAUAACUAGUUUUACAUGUCCAUAUGGGUAUUUUGAUUCAUUCUGUACUUACAAUUUUGUAUACAAUAAUGGUUGUACUAAUAAUGGUGGACUUGCUGUUGUUUCCUGUGUCAGAGAUGUAGAAACUUGUAAUACUGGUUCACCUCAGUUACAAGACAGAGGGCAAGGAUAUUUCAAUAAUGGGACUGCCUUCAGUAUUGGACGACCAUCUAUAUGUUAUAAUAACUCAUACAUACCAUACUGUACAUCAUUUGAUAUGAACACUGCUAGAGCUUUCUGUGGAAGUAGUGAAUAUUAUUAUGGUGCUCGUUCAUAUCCAAUAUUUGGUUCUACUGAUGAUUAUGGAUACAAUGACCAGUCCAGUCUAAUUGUAUCUUAUCUCUCUUGUCCAAUGGUGGAUAGCUCAAACUACAACUAUAUUUUUGGUUCUUGUUACAAUAGUACAUCUACCAGUGAUAAUGGUGGCUGCUCUGGAAUAUCUGAUGAAGCUGUUAUAUCUUGUAUUAACAGACCUGUUCCAUGUAAUCUUCAAACAAGUUUAGGAUAUAUUGAAUCUUCUUAUACUGGUGAUAGCUAUACUGAGAUAUAUCAAGUUGGUGUUUGUAUAAAUGCAACUUAUGGAGAUGUCUGUUCUGAUGGAAUCACUGAUGAUGUUGCUUUAUUAUUCUGUCGUGCACAAGGAGGUUAUUACAGCACAGCUAGUGUAUCAUAUAGUUACACUAAUAGAACUUAUUCAAAUUAUAAUAAUGAUUAUGCUGGCUUCAGCUGUCCUUACUAUGCUGGUUCACUCUCAUCAUGUUAUGAUAAUGUCAGUGUAGUUAAUAACUGUUCCAUGGGAUAUGGUGGAAUCUUAGUUGUGGAGUGUACCCAAGUAUAUGCUCCUCCCACUUCUUGUUAUUAUGAUGGACAAGUUAUAUUCAAUAAUACUGAGAAUAGUACUGACAACAAUAAUUUAAUGAACAGUAUAUCUGGGUAUGUGUCUGUUUGUGUGAAUGGGACACCUGCUCUUGUGUGUGGAGAUGCUAGUAUUGGACAAACUGAAUUGGCUAGUAUUUGUUUUCAGACUGUUGGUGUACUAUAUGGUAAUAUUGGUACUCCUCCUAAUGUUAGUCUUGCUCCUCUCAAUGUGUCCAAUGACACUAUUGUAGCUAACGAUUUUUAUUGUGAUCCUGAAACAUUUUCAUGUACAAGUACUCCUGGUUCCACUUGUCCCAGUGGAUAUUUGACAGUAACAUGCCCUCAAUUGUGUAAUGGACCAAGUUUUCAGUUAUACAAUGAACAGUUUUAUCUUUCUAAUGGUAUUGAAUAUGUCACUGGUAUACCAAUAUUGUGUGAGGGUUUUGCUAUCAUUGCUUUAUGUAAUGAUGGUAGUAUUUAUGAUGAUCCUGCCAGUCUCCUCUGUGAUGCAUUAGGAUAUGAGAAUGGUAUAUCUAUCAAUAGUAAUCAAGCUUUAUAUGGAACAUUACCUACUGGAGCACAAUAUUUUAAUAACUUUACAUGUCCACCUGAUGCUGUUCAUUAUGACAAUUGUACAGCUAAUUUUACUUUUAAUCGUAACUGUGCCAGUAGUGCAUACAACUAUGUAAUACAGUGCUCUAGACCAGCACAAAUCUUUGGUACGAUUGACGUCACUGCAGUAACUCAGUUAAUAGAAGAAGGAAACACACUGACACUUACAUGCUCUCUAAUGACCAACUAUCCUGGAGCAUUGCCUUUCUCAUGGUUCAGAGGCUCUAAUCUAAUUACACCAAGUGGUCGUGUCACCAUUAGCAAUUCUAAUCCUACUGCUAAUAGUAGCACUGGACUCUAUACUAUUACAAGUCAAUUGAUGAUACAAAACACUUUGACUGGUGAUAGUGGUCAGUAUUUAUGCCGUGUGGUACCAAGUCUAUCAGACAACAUUGCUAUUACCAUUAGACCAAGGAAUGAGUGUACUAUUAAUGAUCCUAGCACUCCAUGUGUUAAUGGAUAUUGUGUUGAUGAAGUGAAUGAUUAUUAUUGUGUUUGUCCUAAUAAUUUCAUUGGAAAGAACUGUGAAAUACCAGUUUCAAGUAAUUCUGCUCCUGUAAUUGUGACUCCUCCAAUGGAUCAAGAUGUUCCACUAGGAAGUCUUGUCAACUUGACUUGUGUAGCAACAGGUGCUCCACAGCCAGUCAUCACUUGGUAUUUAGAAGGGACUCUUAUACCUGGAGCCAACUCACCAAUCUACAUUAUUGAUAGCAUUCAGCCUGCUCAGAGAGGAACUUAUUCUUGUAGAGUUAUGAAUAGUGAAGGAAUGGAUCAAGCUACUGCAACAGUGACUAUCAAUAAUGUCAGACAAUAUUUCACAGUAUUAACAGCUUCCGGACAAGCACAGUUGCCUCCUAACAUUACAGCAGUUUAUAAUCAAACUCGUGAUGCUCUUAUUGGUAAUGAACUUUCCCCUGGUAGUGGUAUAAUAGUUGCUGAUCUUACAUAUGCCCUUGUGCCUGGUGUUUUAGGAGUCCAAUUUAUUUUCACUCUACGAGUUCCUCCAAUGGCUAAUACUAAUGGAAUUACAAACUCACUGAAUGGUGUUACUGCUAAUAUUGCUGCAAAUUAUCCUGGCAUCAGCUUCUCUCUAGUUAUGAGAUUUGAUGGCUGUUCUUCUGAGACACUAGCAGUGACUACUGGCAGUUCAUUGAGUAUAAUGUGGCCUGAGGUUGGUAUUGGUGCUGUUGCUAGACCAAACUGUCCCUGUGGAAGCCUGGUAAGCAUAAUUGAAUAG